AUGGCUCCCAGCAGAACCCAGCCAAAUAUAUCUAAUGCACUUCUUUGGUUCGGAAGCAAAACUUUCCUUGAAACGAUCAUUAAAAUUGUGCUUAGAAGUGAUUUAACAAGAUUCUUCAAUAAUAAGGUCGUCGUCAACUUUAGAAAAUCAUCCCCUCAUUAUAAUAGUGGAUUCGCCAACUGUUCUCAAUGGUUCACUGAAAUCGAGAUAGGAGCUGAAGAUAAUAAUGAAAAAAUUUUAGAUUCACCAUCAUUGACUACAUCAUCUGAAGCAGAAUCGCUCACAGAUAAUGAAAUAUUGAAAAGUAUUGAAAGAUCAAGCUUAAGCAACAAUGAACGUCCUGAUCAAAAGAUUGAUGGGGAUGAGCAAAGGAAUGAUGACAUUAAUCCAACAAUCUCCAUUCCAUGUAAGGAUGAUCAGGUCAACACUGGAUCCUGCAAUCUUCCAGAACAGUCAUUAAAUGAGGAGAACAAAACUCAGUUCUUCCUAUCCAUUAUGGAAUUCAAAUUUUCAACGUAUGUGCAUUUCAGUUUGUAUGUGCUGUUCUUAAUUUUGACUCUCUGUAUAUCUUACAAGAUAUUGACUCAUGAUCCAGCAAAUGUUUUUAACAAAGAAAAAUGUAAAGAAAAUAUGAACAUCACAACUGAAAUGAAACAACUUAAAGAAAAGAUUGAAGUAGAACAACUGGAGAUUGAUAAAUUAUCUCAAAAGAGCAACAAUUUCAAAGCCAGUUUCAACAGUCACAAGAAAACAGUGAAAAAGAUGCAGGAAGAUAAGGAAGCUGAAGAGAAGAUGAAGAGAUUGUCUGAGCAGGAGAUGAUGGCUUUCAUUGAAGAAUGCACCACUAUCGAACAUAAAUUGAAAGAAUAUUCUGAACAACUGAAAAAUGAACAAGACAAGAUUGAUCAUAUUAACAAUGGAAAAGUUGCCAUCGAGAAGAAGAAAGAAGACAUUGAGAAGCAAAUAAAAAGUUGUGAAAAUGAAUCAACUGAAACAUUUGCUAGCAUAAGCAAGACUAACAAAGUAACAAGAAGGAGAAGAGUAUUAUCGUUGAGAAGAGGCAAACGUUUUUUAUUCUUCGUAGAGAAAAAACGAUUAAGUUUAAGACACAUAGAGUCAGACCAAGCGAUAAUUGAAGAAAGACAUAGAGAUAGAUCAUGA